AUGUCCGUCAGUAUCGCGUCCAACCACUCCGAUGUGUCGUUCGUCGAUAGAGACCCUAGAACGACAGUACCGGCUGUUUUGGCGCCGCCACCAACGCCUGUGGUGCCGCUGCCUCAUCGCGGGGAUACUUUCGUGAGGCAUCCUGAGCACUACUACCCCAAUGGCGAUAUCAAGCUUCGAGUCGACGACACAGUGUAUCAGCUUCAUACCGAUGUUCUUGCGCGGCAUUCCAUCUGGUACAGCACGUUCCGCGAACGUCUCUUGACUCAUAAUGCCGACCCGCUGCCUUCGGGCUGGCACGAAGUGUCGACAGAGGUCUGCAUGAUAUACGUGCAUCACAAGCGGAAGAGGACACAGAUAGAACGCCCGAGCAUGUUUGAUCAUGAGACUGGGGCAAUCGUGAUCGAAGGAGUGACUGUCGACGAGAUGGAUGCAUAUCUGUCGGUGGUAUAUGCCAGGAACUUCAUCACCUUCGACUUGGCUACGUUGGAGGAGUGGAAGGCGGUCCUCAAGGUCGCUGACGAUUUCGAAAGCCCGGCCAUCCGCGCACUCGCGAUCGACCGACUGGACGGAGCAUUGGAGGGUGAUAUGACGCUGGAGCCGUUUGAGCGACUCAUCCUGGCGCGCAGAUAUGAUAUAGAGGUAUGGGCGACGCUCGCGCUUGAUGGUCUAGUCAGACGAGAGAAGCGACUGGAGCCAAAUGAAAUCGCGCAGAUGUUGCCGGAGGAUGCCGCGCUCGUCGCCGCGGCGCGAGAGGAUAUCGCGCUGCAUACGGUGCCUCCUACCCUCAUGGGGGUCGCUGACGAGCUCGCCGGGGAAGUGACUGAGGAGACGACUGAGCGUCCAGCCGAGUCGUACGUGACUGCUGGACCUUCGCCGCCGAACUUCGCGGCUUCGUUGCCAAUUGAGGCGGUCGGACCACCGCUCAACGCAUCCAACAAUGAUUCUACGCGUCCUCCCGCGAUGACGGUGCAGUCGACUUUCCAAUCUCCGUCGGGUCAGACUGAGGGGCCAGAACCCCAAGAAUUCACCUCUCCGCACGUACAUGCUUCGAGUGAGCCUGCAGAGGGAGACGGCGCCGGGUCAGAGGGUGGACACCGCAGGGCGCAUAGCGGGUCUAGUCUUCGUGCUCUCACGUUGCCUGCGCGGUACUCUCUAGGAUAG